CCAUAUUUGAAGAAUAGACGGAGGAAUGAAACAAUGACAAAAAUUUUUGUGAUCGAAUUAUGGAUUCUUUCAUAAAUUUUGGAUUAAUUAGAAACUUUGAGUGAUUUUGAUUAUAAUUUUGUUAUGAUGUUGACAAUAUUUUGAUGUGAUUGAUUUUGAAGAUAAUCGAAGUCUGCAGUGUUUUUACAUUGCCGAAUAUUUUGAUCACCCUUUCUUAUCGAAGUGGUUUAUCGAGCGAGUUCAAGAAUGAGUGAAUCAGCAAAUGAAAAUGAACGAAAGCGUUCACGACCAACUGAUGAUGAUGAUUUGGAAUCUGAGAAAAGAUCCAGAAUUGAUGAAAGCAGUAAUAGUUCCAUGGAUUCCACUUCUUUACCAUCAGCUUCCAGUAAUAAUGGCAGUUUGGAAUCAUUUCAAAAUAAACCUCUAACAAAUGGAACCAAAUCAGAUGACAGUGAGAAAGAGAAUAAUGUUGAUAAUGUUGAUUCUCCAAUGGAUUUAACUCCAUUCCCCAAUACAGACAAUGACAAACCUGAAGAUUUUGAAGUCAAUGGCUAUUUGGAUGAAGAAUCUGAAGAAAUUUUGAGAGUUCGGAAAAAACUUGUGAAGCAGUUACAAGCUCAAUUGCGAAAUGAAGAGGCAAAGCUUGUGUUGUUGAAAAAAUUACGACAAAGUCAAUUGACACACUUCCAAGAUCGUGAAAACAAUAAAAACAAUGUUUCCAGACAAAAUGGUGGCCCUCCUCCUUUGGUCAGAGGAAGUCAACAACAGAUUCAGUCAUCAAAGACAAACAGUAUCAGUAAUCAAGUGAACUCCAUGAGAGGAGGUUCUCAACAAAUGUCUCAAGGUAGAUCUGGUAUCCAAGGUCCUCCACCUCUAGUUAUGGCACCCAAUAGAAUGGGUGGUAACAAUCAGAUGUCUAGAGAUGGUCAUAUGAGAGGUGGUUUGUCUGGAUCAUCCAGUAAUAGUAAUCUUCAGAAUUACAGACAAGGAUCCCAGUCACAGCAGAUGUCACGUGAUCGGGAUGCAGUUCGAGAAAGGGAACGUCAACAGAACUCGACACCACCUCAACCUGAGCAGACACCAGCACAGCGUCAAGCAGCAGCAAAACUGGCAUUGAGGAAACAACUAGAGAAGACUCUACUUCAGAUCCCUCCACCCAAACCACCACCACCAGAGAUGAACUUUAUUCCUAGUUUGGCUUGUCCUGAUUUUAUCAUGAUGCUAGGAUUAGAGGAAGUAGUCAAUCAUAUCAUUGAUAGUCAGCUGAUUGCUAAGGGGCAGAAAAAUCCAGACGAAAAGUUUGUGUGCAAUCCUUUCACUUGUGUACAAUGUCAUGCUGAUUAUACACCAGUUUGGAAACGUGAGAAGCCAGGAUCUAAAAAUGUUAUUUGUGAAUUAUGUGUUACAACCAAUCAAAAGAAAGCUUUAAAACAGGAACACACAAAUCGAUUGAAGAGUGCUUUUGUCAAAGCUCUCCAACAGGAGCAAGAAAUAGAGCGUAUGCAGGCACAAGGCAUUACUCCUACUCCAGCUGCAGCUGCUGCAUCAUCAACACCAUCUAAUAACAGUAGUAGAGUUAACUCCCCUGCUCCUUCACAGUCACACAGUAUGUCAUCAUCAUCUCCACUCAAUAUCCCCUCAACUUAUAAACCUAGUCCAGAACAGAUUCGUCAACACCAGAAUUUCUUACAGGCACAUCAGGCCCAACUAAGAGCAGCUCCUUUGGGUCUUCAAGCUUUCUUUCCCAGACAUCCCUACUCCUAUCAAAUACCAUUUUCCAAACAGGAAUUACAACGACAAUAUUUAUUAGAAAUGAUUCCGCAGUCAAGAUCCUGGAAGUCGUAACUCUCUUGAUGUUAUAUGGGUUGUGGGUUCGUGUUCUCACAAAGCUUUAUUGUUUGCACGAUCACUCUGGAUAUUACAGAUUAGUGUGAAAUAGUACAAAUUUAUUUAUUUCUGUGUGAAAUUUGUUGAAAUAAUUCGUUAAGGACUUCUUUAUCCAAUAUAUCAUAUUCAGAUUGUGCCAAUGUCAAUAGACCAAAUAUGAAACUGUUAUUAUUGAUUGUAAAGACAAAUAUUGGAUUGUGACUAAUACUUUUCAUUCAUAUGCAUAUUAUAUAGACCAAUUUUUAACAACUAUAUAGAUUGAUGUUAAGGUCCAAUGUGUCUUGAAAUAAAGCUCCAUCCAUAGGACUACAUAAUUGCAGACUAAAGGGGUUUGUUGUCAUUUGGAGAGAAUUGCUUGUUAUAUGCAUACUUCCAUAUCCAAACCACUAAUUAUUUUUGGAAAAAAAUCUGCAUUCUGGAUAUAUAACAGCUUAUAAUUGGCAAUUAAGAUAUAUAAUUAAGUUAUGGUGUUCUUUUUGUAUUUUGUUUGUUUUUCUGCACUACUAAAAAUAACUGUCUUAAUAUCUAUCAAAUAAUGGAUGGAUUGACAAAUCUGUUGCUUGUGUUGACUUUGGCAGAGAAUAUGUCACUAUGGAUGCUGAGCUAUUUAUUCACCCUUCGAAAAAAUAUUUGUUUUCUUUAGUUAUAAUCCAACUCUGAGUUAAAAUCAAUCAAAUCAAAAGGCUUAUGUUAAGAAUUCCAAGCCUUUUUUUUCAAUAAUCUCCUUUUGCCUAAAGCUUUACUUCUGAACAUAUUACUUUUGGGAUUAGUGAUGUCACAGCUGAAUUAGACUUGGCAUAUUCUGUAAGUCUAGUAGAAUUGUAUAUGUAUAUAUAGGUAUAGAAUACAUUAUGUAUAUGAUACCUUGAAAAAUAAAUAUUGACAUUU